AUGGUCCGCCUACCGCUCCCGCAGCGACUGAGCUCGCAUCUAUCCACAAGAAGUGCCAGUUCAACCCCCGGACAGAGCAGGAGUACAAGUCCCAUGCGCAUACAAGCCGACGCGAAACCUUUACUCCUCAAAGUUACGGUUAUUCGGGGACGAAAUCUUGCAGCGAAAGAUCGAGGUGGCACAAGCGAUCCUUACUUGGUUGUGAACCUGGGAGACGCACGGCAGUCGACGCCGACGAUAUUCAAAACUCUAAACCCGGAAUGGAACGUGUCGUUUGAAAUGCCCCUCGGGGGUGUCCCGCUGUUGGAAUGCAUCUGUUGGGAUCACGACCGGUUUGGCAAGGACUACUUGGGCGAAUUUGACAUUGCAUUGGAGGACAUCUUUGUGGAUGGACAGAUAAAGAAGGAGGCAACAUGGUACACCCUCAAGUCGAAACGGGUAUCGAACAGCAAGAAAAAGAACAAGAAGAACAGUGAUGUGUCUGGCGAGAUCCUCCUGCAAUUCUCGUUGUCAGAUCCGACAAGUCCCACUGCUUCGCCUUCGGAUACAUACCGCAAAUUCAAGAAGGUCGUAUGUGCCGGUGAUGAUGAGGACCCAAUUGAGAUCCCCGCCGUCGACCUUGACGACCUGGACCGCGAUGAGGAGACAUCUGAUGAAACCGAUGACCUGACGAAGCCGGAGAUUGUUGAAAAGCGCCGCCGGAGACUUCGGCUGGCUCGGUUAAGAAAAAAGUCUCUUGCUGCUCGUGCAUAUCAAUUCUCGGGUACAGGGAGCGGCGUAGAGGGUAUUGUUUUUAUGGAGAUCGUCAAAGUGACAGAUCUCCCUCCUGAAAAAAAUGUUACGCGGACAUCAUUUGAUAUGGAUCCUUUCGUCGUGACCUCCCUUGGAAGAAAAACGCUUAGGACACCUGUCGUGCGUCACAAUUUGAACCCGGUAUAUCACGAAAAGAUGGUCUUCCAGGUAAUGCGACACGAACGUACCUACACGAUCAGUUUCACGGUAAUGGACCGAGAUAAAUUCUCGGGCAACGAUUUUGUAGCCUCUGCGGGUUUCCCUCUACCGACUUUGAUUCAAUCUGCCCCAGACUCAGACCCCGAGACAGGUCUAUACCACUUUGUCGAGGAAGACAUUAUUCCACCUGCUAAGUCUAGCUCCCGGCUUCCCAUUAGCUCCUCCCCAUCAUCAUCAAGCCUCUCCAAGAUGACAAGACCUACGCUGAAGUCGCGUAACUCCGCUACUUCUCUUUCAAGCAACUCUGUGCUUGAGCUUGCCAACCGGGUCCCUCCCACGUCUGUGCCGGAAUUGUCUAGUUCUGUAGGAGACAGCAGCUCCACCAUGCAGGUGCCAACCGUCUCCACAAGUACAGUCGAUUUGGACCCCGAGAAUAUUCCACCACCCGAUGAGGAAGGUUUGCGAUGCUACACUAUCCCUUUGAUACUUAAGAACCGAGAACGGUGGGAAGAUAAACACACGCCUGAGUUGUUUUUGAAAGCCAAAUACUUGCCAUAUAGUGCCGUUCGACAGCAAUUCUGGAGACUUAUGUUGAAGCAAUACGAUGCAGAUGACAGUGGCCGCAUUGAUAAGAUUGAAAUGACCACUAUGCUCGACACCCUUGGAUCCACACUGAAGGAGUCGACAAUCGAUGCCUUUUUCGACCGUUUUAGUGAAGAGAACGCAGCCAUUGCGACAACCGAUUUGACCUUCGACCAAGCCGUGAUGUGCCUUGAAGAUACACUUCAAGCAUUGCAGAAAAAGAAUGCCUCGCCCGGAACCCGGAGACCAGCACUUGCGCCGUCGUCCGUCGGCAGUCAAGAUAGUGAGGAGCCAUCUAGCGGCGAUGAGCUCGCCUUAGAAUCAAGCACAACCAAGCCGCACAACGCUAACCCGGAUUCAACAGCGGUGCCCACCAUUUCUAGUGACGAAGCGGAACAGUCUGGCUCGAACGACGGAUAUCUUCGACCCGAUGAUCUUGCGGAUGAGCGGGGUGAAGAACACGUAGUGGAAAUUCGCGAAUGUCCACUCUGCCACCAGCCUCGCCUUGGCAAACGAUCCGAUGCCGAUAUUAUUACUCAUAUUGCGACAUGUGCAAGCCGUGACUGGCGACAAGUUGACAACCUUGUCAUGGGUGGAUUCGUGACCUCGAGCCAGGCCCAACGCAAAUGGUAUUCCAAGGUUAUCACCAAGAUCUCUUACGGUGGCUACAAGCUAGGAGCCAACUCGGCCAAUAUUCUUGUCCAGGACCGGAUCACUGGCCAGAUCAAUGAGGAGCGCAUGAGUGUUUAUGUCCGUCUUGGAAUUCGACUGCUUUACAAGGGUCUCAAGAGCAAGGAAAUGGAGAAGAAGAGAAUUCGUCGUGUGUUGCGAUCUCUAAGUAUUAAGCAAGGGCGCAAAUAUGAUGACCCGGCGUCUGUUAGCCAGAUUCGGGAUUUCAUCAAUUUCCACCAGCUGGACAUGUCCGAGGUGCUUCUGCCUCUGGAGAAAUUCACCACUUUCAACGAGUUCUUCUAUCGCGCAUUGAAGCCUGAGGCCCGACCGUGCUCAGCCCCUGAUGACCCAAGAAUUGUUGUGUCCCCGGCCGACUGCCGCUCAGUCGUCUACGAUCGCAUGGACGAAGCUACCGGUAUCUGGGUAAAGGGUCGGGAGUUCUCCGUUGAAAGGUUACUGGGCACCGCAUACCCCGAAGAUGCCGCACGGUACCGUAAUGGUGCACUUGGAGUGUUCCGGUUAGCGCCUCAGGAUUACCAUCGUUUCCAUGUGCCUGUAGAUGGAGUUAUGGGUGAGCCCAAGACCAUCGAGGGCGAGUACUAUACGGUCAACCCGAUGGCUAUUCGCUCGGCCUUGGAUGUUUAUGGAGAGAAUGUCCGAGUGCUGGUCCCCAUUGACUCUGUCGCUCAUGGCCGUGUCAUGGUCGUCUGUGUCGGAGCCAUGAUGGUGGGCAGCACGGUCAUCACCCGCAAAGCCGGGGACAAGGUUUCUCGAGCUGAAGAGCUUGGAUACUUCAAAUUCGGCGGCAGUACCCUGUUGGUCUUGUUCGAAGAAGGUGUCAUCAACUUUGACAGUGAUCUAGUGGAUAACUCCAAGGGCCCAUUAGAGACUCUGAUUCGAGUUGGCAUGUCAGUUGGUCACAGCCCUGAUAUCCCCCAAUAUGAACCAGACAUGCCCAAGAAAGCAGAGAACAUCACUGUCGAAGAAAUGCAAGAAGCAAAGCGUCGCAUUGAAGGCAGUGUUGCACCUCCACCACCGAGUGACCAAGUGGAUGAUGCCAUGCAAUGA